AACGCUUUCCUACCGCCUUCCCGUGGAAUCACCACCACGACUUUUUUUAUUCGUAUCUCAAGCACACCACAUAAAUAUCCACAUGGGGACCAGUGAGUCUCACUGUCUAUUGAGCAGCGUUAUCGAGUGAUUGUCGGGAAUCAGUCAUGAAUCACUGCUAGCUCGGGAUCUUUUUCCGUCCGCAUCUUCCAAGAUUUUCGGGGUGUAAAAAGGUGCUUUCUUGUAAACUUUCCUUUCCAGAGAAAAGGCAGCCGAAUCAGUGCUGAGGGGGGUUUAAAAGGUUCUCACGUCGAUUAUAACUAGCCAUGAGUUCGCCGUUUUUGCCAUCUCCGACUAUCCUUGUCCCCCACCUGCCGCCCAAAACCUUCGUCGGCCUGGACCUCAUCAGUUUCACGUCCACAGCCAAUUUCCAUGGCGUCAAAGGCCUACCGAACGGCUGGCAUUUUCUCUACACGGGCACGACGGAGAGUUUCUCGCUCAGAUGCGGGGGGUGGUUUCAUGUAGGCGCCAUCAGCGCUGCGCACAGUAACAGCCGGGCGCUGCUUUCCACGCGCGGGGAGGCACUGGAUAAGGAUAUCUUUAUUUGGAAAUGGGACUCCGACAUCGAGGCCUUGGUUCCUCUCAGGGGGGCCAACGAUGCAGAACUACAAGAAGCCAUGCGUUACAAGGCGAACCUGGGCCAUCUGUGGCAGAAUGGCGGGCUCUUUCAGUAUCGGAGCCGGGUGACGCAGUCAUUAUCAUCGGCGAGGGCGGCCGCGACGCAAACCGCAGACGCUGAUGAAGAAUACGAGAGCGAAGAAGACGCACAGAUCGAUUGGCGCAAUCUGACGGAUAGACUCACGCCCAAGCUGCUUUCGCGGAUCGUUGGGAGCCCGUCAACGGAUCUUAAUGGGCGGCCGCGGUGGGCAGUCACGUCUGCCAGCAGUGCGAGCAGGGAUGCGGACAAUAUUCCGGGCAUUGAAUAUGGAGCCGAGGAAAAGGAGCAGGAGUUUACUUUCCUCCCUGUGGACCUCAAACGCACCUGGCGGGAGGGGGCUGUCGGACGCGAAAGAACAGAGGCUGCACAAGAUCGGUCCUGGGCGCUUGGAGAUCUCAUCCGUCGCUUCUCGGGUACCCCUCCCGAUGUGACGAAGGAAGAUGAACGGUGGGGGGAGUUGCAGAUAGUGGGCGAACUACAGUUCGCCUUCUUGAUGGCUUUGACGAUCAUGAACUACUCUUGUCUGCAGCAAUGGAAGCGAUUGCUGGAACUGAUUUUGACCUCUCGGCGCGCCAUUACUGAACGGGAGCCUUUCAUGGCAGAGGUCAUUCGCCUGCUACUCAACCAACUGAAGAGAUGCGAUGACGUGGAGGGCGGGUUCUUCCAGACCGACGGAGACGGCGGCGGCGAGUUCCUACGGAAACUGCUGACGAGAUUCAAAACUUAUCUCGACGAGGAGGUGAACGGUGUCGAAUCAGCCGUCAAGACCGCCAUGGAUGAACUAGACGCCUGGGUCAAAGAGGAGUACGACUGGGAAUUGAGACGCGAGGCCAUUGUCCGACGAGGCAUGCUGCAGCUGGAAGACGGAGAACAAGUAGAGAUGGAUGUGGCCGAUGCAGACGCUGAUGAGGAAAGCGGCGAAUACGCCCCGUUGGUGGUCGACCUUGAAGACUGUUCAUAGAAUAGAAUGUACAAUUUCGCGUAUUAUACUCAGCCUUAUAUUAAAAUGCGGAUAGAUUAACUUAUCUAGGGAUUGGAUUCCGUAAUACCAUGAUGUCA